UGUAACGCCACAGGCAUACAAGUAGCUUGGAGAAAUGACAAGGAAGGGCCUCCACAAUGAGAAAAAGGUGACGUUUGCUUACUAUCAACCAACAAAAAAACAGCCGGCUUCCGACUUUUAAUCAUCCAACUCCCAUACUCUUCACCAACUUUUUGAUUUUAUUUGAUCUCAAUUUCUCUUCAUCCUCUCCAAAAAAUUGUGGAGUUGUCUCUGUUGGAGUGGCAGCGUAGUGCAUAAGCAUUCCGUCCCCUACGCGCCCAGCGGCCCUGGCCCUUCGCGACUGCUUCCACUUCCUCUUCCUUGUCGGAUUACAGCAUCUGAUCAUAGCAUCAGACUAGAGGGACAGCACUGACACCUGCGAAAUUGACUUUUGGCUGAGGAACAAAAGGCAACGGCGGAACCAAAAUCUGUCCAGUCCUUCUAGCCUCCUACAGAAGGAACUGCUCCUUCUUUGCGCAUCGCAACUCUUCACACAUUACUGGAUGAACGUCGUCUACCACUAACAAUAACGGUAUCCAACAAAUAUUCUUGGCUCUUGGGUCGGUCAGUCUACCUACAAAACGAUUGCGCAUCAACACGCAACAACACAACAUAAUCUUCUCCUCAACAUCAUCUACAGUCACAUCAAUCGCCGAUUCGCCGAUUCGCCGCUUCGUGCACGACCGCCACGAUGGCGAUCUCCAAAGAAACAAGAAUCAUUGCCAUGGUGGUAAUUGAUACGGCAUUCUUCUUUACAGAAUUGGGUGUCGGUCUCUGGGUGGGGUCUCUGGCGUUGAUGGCAGAUGCCUUCCACAUGGUAAGAAACCCUCUGUUCCAGACUACGAUGUACUGAUCGGCGCAGCUUAAUGAUAUUAUAUCGCUCUUGAUCGGUCUAUGGGCUGUCAAGGCAGCUAGGAAAAGUUCAACCGUCAAAUACUCCUAUGGUGUAAGUCUUGCGUUUGCUUAACUUCAGUCGCAUAACUAAUUAUCUCUCAGUGGUUAAGAGCAGAGAUCCUUGGUGCAUUUUUUAAUGCUGUAUUCCUCAUCGCCCUUUGCAUGUCCAUCAUGCUGGAAUCCAUCGUUCGCUUCAUCGAUCCUCCUGUCAUCAGCAAUCCGAAACUUAUAUUGAUCGUAGGAUGUUGUGGUCUGGCUUCCAACUUGGUCGGAUUCUUGGUAUUGGGUGGUCACGGCCAUUCUCAUGGACCUGGAGAUGGAAGCGCCCAUGGUCAUAGUCAUUCUCAUGGCAACGAAAUUCGAGAUGCUGAGGAGGGACAUAGCCACAGCCACGCACAUGGCGAGCAUGAGCAUAACCACGAACAUGAUCAUGACCAUGACCACAAUCGCCUUGUACAUGAUGGAGAGUCUUACGCAGAUGCGGUAAAAGGCAAUAAACAUUCUUCCAAGGGUCAUAUUCAUUUCCCUCCUUCCGACCACGACCACGGUUCCGACUCGGUUCCUUCCAGCCCAACCAAGGCUCGAAAGCACAAGCGUCGAACAAGCAGAGGAGGAUUAUCCAAUGUUGAAGAUAUGAGCUUUUACCCAUCAAGCUUUAGACAAGCCAUUAUCGAAGCAAGUCAACCACCGCCCGAGUCUUCCAGUGAGGAUGGCGAGGAGGAUGGUGAUAUUGCUGAGACAAGACUUCCUAUCGCUCCUACCCCGAAGACGCCACUACUCGCAGAGCAUAAUGCCAAUAAGCAUAACAACCAUAACCACCGAAAGCCAAAAAAGGCAAAGAACGGUCAUAGUCAUGGUCAUAACCACGAUGACAUGGGAAUGAAUGCCAUGAUCUUGCAUGUCAUUGGUGAUGCUCUCGGCAAUGUCGGAGUAAUUGUAUCAGCUCUUAUUAUCUGGCUCACGAAUUGGCCUGGUCGUUACUAUGCAGAUCCUGCCGUAUCACUAUUCAUCACUAUCAUCAUUCUCAGAUCAGCAAUUCCAUUGACCAAGGCUACCGCCAAGAUCCUUCUCCAGGCCACUCCUGAUUCCAUCGAUCAAGAUGCCAUCAUCGAAGAUAUCGAGACUCUUGAUGGUGUUGUUAGCUGUCACCAUCCUCAUAUCUGGCAACUUAGUGAGAGUCAAAUCGUGGCCUCCAUGCAUGUCCAAAUUGCCUUUCCGCUUGAUGAAGCAGGUGGUACAAGAUACAUGGCACUCGCAAAGGAAAUCAAGAAAUGCUUGCAUGAGUAUAACAUCCACAGCGCUACGAUCCAACCGGAGUUCUGCACCAAGGAUGGCCAUGAUCAUCUCAACACUUCGCGAGGAAUGGGUCUAGAUGGAAACUCGACACCUCACAGUCGUGUUGAUGAGGAUUGUUUGUUGAAUUGCAUUGAGAAUUGCAAUAGUAAGGGUUGCUGUUCCACAUCGGCACCAAGUUCUGUUACACAUACCGAUGAUCAUGAUCAUGAUCAUACAGGUCAUAAUCAUAGUCACUAG